ACGUGGAGAGAGAGAGAGAGAGAGAGAGUGUGUAAGUGCACAGCUAUGCGACCAGCUCAAACUAGUUCGGAGAAACACAAAGAGCAGCAGAGAUCAUAGAGAGAGCUGAACACAGACACACGCUCACAACACAGCAUCAUAUUUACAGCAAUAAGAAUGCGGAGUUUAUUCUCUAUAGCACUUGUGCUGCUGGUGGUGUUGAUGAUCACCGUGGAAGCCAGUAUGAAGAAAAAAGAAAAGGGCAAAGAGCCCAAAGCAGAUGCUGAGUGCAGUGAAUGGCAGUUUGGGAAAUGCGUGCCCAACAGCGGCGACUGUGGCGCCGGCAUUCGAGAGGCGACCUGCAACGAACAGACAAAGAAAACCAAGUGCAAAGUCCCAUGCAACUGGAAGAAAGACUUUGGUGCUGACUGCAAGUACAAGUUUGGUCGCUGGGCCGAAUGUGACACUACUACAGGAACCAGAAGCAGGUCUGGGACAUUGAAGAAGGCACUGUUCAACGCUGAAUGCCAGACCAACAUUAAAGUGUCCAAACCUUGCACCCCAAAGACCCCCAAACCCAAGGGAGGUGAGAAGAAGAAAGGAAAAGGGAAGGAAAACUAACUUGAAGACAACCCCAACAACCCCAUUGCCCACUCAGUGGUACAUUCCUAUGUGACACUCCCAAAUCCUCCAAAAGGUGAAUGCUGAGAGGAAAAAAAACUGUAGCCCUACCUAUUGUUUUUAUUUCCACUUUCUUUGUUUUGUAAUUAGUAAAUGUAUGUGUCUAUGCUGUUGUAGUUUGAUCUCUGUAGCGAAUUCUUAAUUGUAAUUGACUUUGCAUGUAUAAAACGGGCCGCAGCAAAUCUGUUGUCUAACAAAUUGUCUUUACUAAAGAGAAAAACUGGCGAGAGCCUAAUUAUGCCCCUAAACAAAAGUAUUUGUAAAUUACAACAAACCGAAUGAAGAAGAUUUCUGUACGUUAUAACAUGUAAGCUGAAUGCUUAAACGAACGUCGCUCCUGGAAGUAACGGCCUAUAUAAAAGUAUCUAUGUUUAUAAAUGUUUAUGGUUUUAGAUUUGAUGGAUGUACAAUCAAAUUUACAACACUAACUGAUUACUUCUACAGGUUGUGAAUAAAUGAAAGUGUAUUUUCAA